CUUAAAUCCACAUUCACUCGUCGGGCAUUUGGCCAUCACACUCGUUAUAUACUAAGGUGCAUCUACCCUCAACUCCCCAUUGGUGUUGUCCGCCCGCGGAAUUUAUCUUCUCCGCCGCGUUCUGGACCGCUCGGACGUCCCCCCAACCCCGACCGGUCUCCUACUAUCGAUCGAAGAGAUAUACAGCGGUGUCGGAUUCGUAUUGUAUCGCCAAUCUGACUAUCCGAUCAUUGUCGCGUGAAAGGAAGAAAACGACGUUUCCUUGGCAUGAUCGAUAUACCCCAUCGCAUCGUGUACACGCCUGUGUGAUAGCAGACCGACUCUUCUCAACGUGGCUGGUCUACGUUCCCCUUGCGACAUACGUAGAUGAUGGGAUCAUCGCGGGUCUGGAAUCCGUGUCACUGGACGCUAUGGCUCUUGUUCGUUUCUUGUUCCUGUGCCUUCUACGUACCCGGCUACUCGGUCAAACAGUACAGCGAUGGCGAGCCGAUCCCUCUUCUGGUCAAUAAGAUCUUCUCCGACCACACCCAACUACAGUAUGCGUAUUACGACCUUCCCUUUGUGUGUCCCCCGAGCGGGAACUCCCACGGCGGUUCCCCCUUCGGCUCCGGGCAGAGUGUUUCGCUGAACUUGGGCGAGAUUCUGCGCGGAGACCGCAUCAUGACGUCGGAUUUCCAACUUCAUAUGGGCAAGAAUAUUGAGUGCCAGGCGCUGUGUACGCAGGAGGUCGGGCGCCAGGACGUCAAAUGGGGCCGCCAGCUCAUCCGGGAGGGCUACGUGGCGGAGUGGAUCGCCGAUAACCUGCCUGGGGCGACGAGCUUCGUCACGGUCGACCGCAGCCGCAAGUACUACGCCACGGGGUUCAAGCUGGGGUCGCAGGAGGUGUCACCGGCCGAUGGAAAGUCGCGUACGUUCAUCAACAAUCAUUUCACGCUGGUGAUCCGCUGGCGGUCAAUGCCUGGAGGAGGCAAAGUCGUCGUCGGCUUCGAAGUCUACCCGAAGAGCAUCCGCGCCGAGGACCACGAGGCGAACGGCUGUCCGAGGAAUCCACACGACCCGCACGAGGGACUGGAGCUCCGCAUUGCGCCUAAUGUCGCGCGGCUGCGGGAGCUGUAUCCUGGGUCGUCGUACAUUCCCGACGACGAUGACGAGGCGUACGACGACGGCGCGACGAUCAAGAUCCCCUACAGCUACUCGGUUUACUUUAAGGAGGAGAACGGAGUGGAUUGGUGGAGCCGUUGGGACCUCUAUUUCAACAACCAGGACGACAACUCCACGACGCACUGGUUCGCGAUUCUCAACUCGCUGAUCAUCUCCGGUGUGCUCGGCGUCGCGGUGUACGUGAUCUGGAGCCGGACGGUCCAGGGUGACAUCCGGGGCCGCGGAGACGGGGCGAUGGAUGACCCGAAGGUGAAGCUACGCGCUGAGCGAAAGGGGGCCUCACUGCUGGAGCAGGAGACAGACGUGGAGCGGGAUGGCGAUCUGUCUGACGACGGCGGCGUCGAGGACGUCAGCGGCUGGAAACUCCUCCACGGAGAUGUGUUCCGCGCACCGCAGUACAGCGGGCUACUUGCGCCGCUGGUUGGGUCCGGGAUGCAGCUUCUGUUCAUGGCGUCGGGGCAGCUCGUGCUCAGUUGUCUGGGCGUGCUGAAUCCGAGUUUCCGCGGCGGAUUCGUCAGCGUCGGGAUGGGACUGUUCAUCUUCGCGGGGCUCUUCUCGGGGUACUUUUCCGCGCGGCUGUUUAAGACGUUUGGGGGGGUGAAGUGGAAGAAGAAUAUGCUGAUUACGGCCGUCCUCUUCCCCGGACUGAUAUUCAGCCUCGUCUUCCUCCUCAACCUAUUCGUCUGGGCCCAAGCCUCCAGCACAGCCAUCCCCUUCAGCACCCUGAUCAGCCUAAUCGCUCUCUGGCUCCUAAUCCAAGUCCCGCUAGUCUACGCAGGCAGCUGGUACGGCUUCACCCGCACCCCAGCAUGGGAAUACCCCACAAAGACCACCUCCAUCGCGCGGCAAAUCCCACCCCAACCAUGGUACUCAUGCAGCGCCCAAGGCAUCCUCCUCGCAGGACUGCCCCCCUUCGCCGUCCUCUUCAUCGAGCUCCUCUUCGUCUUCACGCACCUCUGGCAAGACAAAAGCAGCUACUACUACGUCUUCGGCUUCCUCAGCGCCGUCUCCACCGUCCUCCUCGUAACCAUCAGUCAGGUCACCAUCAUCGCAACGUACAGCCAGCUGUGCGCGGAGAACUACCACUGGUGGUGGGCGAGUUUCCUAACGGGCGGCAGCAGUGCGGCUUGGGUGUUUGGCUACUGCGUGUGGUACUACGUGUUUCAGCUGCAUAUUGAGGGGUUCGUGUCUGGGUUGCUGUUUUUCUGUUAUAGUUUGUUGGCGUGUGCGGUUUAUGGGCUUUUGGUUGGGACGGUGGGGUUCCUCACGGCUUUUGCGUUUGUGAGGAGGAUUUAUAGUGGUGCGAAAGUGGAUUAACCGAUUGACUAACGUGGACGGGAUUUCGGGGUAUUAUAGUAUUAUGGUGAACUAGACAAUAUAUGCCGGCUGUACAUGACAUGACAC